AUGGGUAAGUUGGAAAGAGAAUAUUUUGAGGAUGUGCAGGGCGGUUUUUUGAUGGAUACAUACAGCAGAGGUGAGCAGGAGAUGAUAUUGAUGGAUGGUAGAGGCAUUAACUUCACUGUUGAACAGAUCAGAGCUUUGAUGAACGAUGUUACGAACGUUCGUAACAUGUCCGUCAUUGCGCACGUCGAUCACGGUAAAUCCACAUUGACCGAUUCUUUGGUCCAGAGAGCCGGUAUUAUUUCAGCCGGUAAAGCUGGUGAGGCCAGAUACACGGAUACCCGUAAGGAUGAGCAAGAGAGAGGUAUUACGAUCAAGUCCACGGCCAUCUCGCUUUAUACCGAGAUGUCGGAGGAUGACUGCAAGGAGAUCGAGGGCGAGACCAAGGGCAACAAGUUCUUGAUCAACUUGAUCGACUCGCCAGGUCACGUUGACUUCUCUUCUGAGGUUACUGCCGCAUUGAGAGUCACAGAUGGUGCAUUGGUUGUCGUUGAUACCGUUGAAGGUGUGUGUGUGCAAACAGAGACUGUGUUGAGACAGGCUCUUGGAGAGAGAAUCAAGCCAGUUUUGAUCAUCAACAAGGUGGACAGAGCUAUCUUGGAGUUGCAGGUUGACAAGGAGGAGUUGUACCAGACCUUCUCGAGAACUAUCGAGUCCGUUAACGUUAUCAUCUCCACUUACCAGGAUGAGGCCUUGGGAGAUGUGCAGGUUUACCCAUACAAGGGCACCGUUGCCUUCGGUUCGGGUUUGCACGGUUGGGCAUUCACAAUUAGGGAGUUUGCCGACAAGUACGCCUCGAAGUUCGGUGUUGACAGAAUCAAGAUGAUGAACAGAUUGUGGGGAGACCACUACUUCAACCCUAAGACCAAGAAGUGGACCAACAAGGCAGUUGACCACAAGGGUAACGCAUUGACGAGAUCGUUCGCCAUGUUCGUCUUGGACCCUAUCUACAAGCUGAUCGGAACCAUCAUGAACGGAAAGACCGACCAGGCCAAGGUGAUGAUCGAGAAGUUGGGCAUCCAGUUGAAGGGAGAUGAGAAGGACCUCGAGGGCAAGCAGUUGAUGAAGGUUGCCAUGAGGAAGUUCUUGCCUGCUGCCGAUGCCAUGUUGGAGAUGAUCGUCUUGCACUUGCCAUCUCCAGUUACCGCCCAGAAGUACAGAGCUGAGCUUUUGUACGAGGGUCCUAAGGACGAUGCCAACUGCACAGCCAUCAAGAACUGUGAUCCUACUGCCGACUUGAUGUUGUACGUGUCCAAGAUGGUUCCUACCUCCGAUAAGGGUAGAUUCUACGCUUUUGGCCGUGUCUUCGCCGGUACCGUUAAGUCUGGUAUGAAGGUGAGAAUCCAGGGUCCAAACUACGUUCCUGGCAAGAAGGAGGACUUGUUCAUCAAGGCAGUUCAGAGAACCGUGUUGAUGAUGGGUCGUUUCGUCGAGGCCAUCGACGACUGCCCUGCCGGUAACAUUGUUGGUCUUGUUGGUAUUGACCAGUACUUGUUGAAGAGUGGUACCUUGACCACAUCCGACGCCGCCUACAACUUGAAGGUGAUGAAGUUCUCUGUGUCGCCAGUUGUCGAGGUUGCCGUCGAUGUCAAGAACGGAAACGACUUGCCAAAGCUUGUCGAAGGUUUGAAGAGAUUGUCGAAGUCGGACCCUUGUGUUUUGUGCAAGAUGUCCGAGUCCGGAGAGCACAUUGUUGCAGCCACCGGAGAGUUGCACUUGGAAGUCGUCUUGCACGACUUGGAGUACGAUCACGCAGGUGUUCCUUUGAAGGUGUCUCCUCCGGUCGUCUCGUACAGAGAGACUGUUUCCGAGGAGUCCUCAAAGGUGGCCUUGUCCAAGUCUCCUAACAAGCAUAACAGAAUCUACUUGAAGGCCGCACCUUUGGACGAGGAGUGCACCGUUGGCAUUGAAAAGGGUGACAUCGAUGUCAGAUCUGAUGUCAAGGUCAGAGCCAGAAAGAUGGCCGAUGACUACGGCUGGGAUGUUGCCGAUGCAAGAAAGAUCUGGUGCUUCGGUCCAGAUGGCCAGGGUCCAAACGUUGUCGUUGACCAAACCAAGGCCGUUCAGUACUUGAACGAGAUCAAGGAUCACGUCAAUGCCGGUUUCCAGUGGGCCACCAAGGAGGGUCCAGUUCUCGGUGAGCAGAUGAGAGGUAUCAGAUACAACAUGCUCGAUGUCACUUUGCACGCCGAUGCCAUCCACAGAGGUGCCGGUCAGAUAAUGCCAACCAUGAGAAGAGUUACUUUCGCCGCCAUGUUGUUGGCCGAGCCUAGAAUCCAGGAGCCUGUGUUCUUGGUCGAGGUUCAGUGUCCUGAGUCUGCCAUCGGUGGUAUCUACUCUGUUCUUAACAAGAAGAGAGGUCAGAUCGUCUCCGAGGAGCAGAGACCUGGUACUCCACUUUUCACAGUCAAGGCCUACUUGCCUGUUAACGAGUCCUUCGGUUUCACCGGUGAGUUGAGACAGGCUACCGGUGGUCAGGCUUUCCCACAGAUGAUCUUCGAUCACUGGUCCACCAUGCUUGGUGACCCAACCGACAAGUCCAACAAGGCUGGUCAGAUCGUCUUGGACACCAGAAAGAGAAGAGGUUUGAAGGAUGAGGUUCCGGGUUACGAGGAGUACUACGACAGAUUGUAA